AUGGAGAUGGUCGCCGCUACCCUUCGCUUAGCUUUGCUCGCCGCCGCCGUGGCGCUGCUCGCCGUGACAUCUGCCGCUCAGGGCCCCAGCCCCAGCCCCAGCCCCAGCCCCGCUCCCGUGAAACCCCCGACCCCGGCGCCGACGAAGCCUCCCGCCGUCGCCCCCGUCACCCAGCCCCCGGCGCCGACGAAGCCUCCCGCAGUCGCUCCCGUCACCCCGCCCCCGUCCGUGGCACCCCCGGUUUCCCCUCCAGCUUCCACCCCGCCCUCUCCCUCUGUUUCCACGCCUCCGUCGGAGGCUCACGCCCCCUCCCCUCCCGCUCCGCCGCCGGCCGUCCCACCUUCCUCAGCCCCCACGUCGCCGCCUUCGGGCAACGGCGCGGCCCCCAUGACCAUCAGCUGGAUCGCCGUGGCCGGCCCGGCGCUCGCCUUGCUCGCUGUCUAG